GUUCUCAGUUCUCAGUUCUCACACAAUCACCACCGCGCAGCAUGCGGGCAUUAGCAGCUGCUCCAGCUGCUCCAUGCUUCCUCCGGCGGCAUGCCCAGCUCAAGAAGAGGCCAUCCAAGUCCUUUCUCUUGAUGAAAUAUCGCUCAUUUCCUCCUAUCGCAGUGCUUUCCUUGAGUCGGCCUGACCAUAACCCAAGCGAAGAUACAGAUGAGAUGUUUGAUGAAUUGUUUAACAAGUAUGGGAAGGUGGUGUACUCGAGAGGGGAUCGGAAAAGUGCCAGUGCCGAGGCCGAAGAUGAUUAUGAGAGCUUGUCAUUUGCUGUUGCUUUAGCAAAAACUGCAAAUGAAGUGAAGGCUGGAGAUAUUCGUGUUCUCUUUGUCAAGCCCCUGGUUUACUGGACUCGCUUUUUCAUCAUUGUUACUGCUUUUUCUCGACCACAAAUUGAUGCCAUUGGGUCCAGGAUAAGAGAGACAGCUGAAAAGCAAUUUAAGAAAGUUCCAUCAGGGGAUACCAGACCCAAAUCUUGGACUUUACUGGACUUUGGUGAUGUUGUUGUCCACAUAUUUCUACCUCAACAGAGAGCUUUUUAUAACUUGGAAGAGUUCUAUGGCAAUGCCACACCCAUUGAGCUACCUUUUGAUUCUGAAUCCCCUUUUCGCAAUUGAUUCUUUGAACGAAGGCAUGAAGCAUCUCUGAUGAGCUGAUCUUUCUCGGCGUGAAGCGGAAGAUGCAUCCUUGAGACCCUUGAAUUUAUCAUUUGGAAUGCCAAAGGAGAGAGCACUUAAUGGUAAUAUAUGUUGUGUUUAGAGGAGGGAUUUGUCAUCUGGAGAAAGUUCAUUGACAAGAAAGGUCAGGCAUUCCUUCUAGGUAUGCCUCGUUGCCCAGGAGGAGCAGUUAUGGUUACAAUGUCAAGAGAAUUACAUCUGAUCCUUCUGUGAAAUAUAAGGAAUUAUAUCUGAAAAUGCAUCAACUUUUACUCUUUGCAUUGACUACUGGUUGAGAUAUGGACAUGAUUUUUCAUACUGUCAGUCUUUACGUUCUUCUGUACAGCUUGGAUGUUUUAUUUGAUCUUUGCUGCUUCCUUGUCUUGUACAGCUGGAAGCAUCCUAAGAUUGUAUGGUGAUUUCUUUCCUCAAUGCUAA